CUCAUCCCAAAAAUCCACUUUUGAACGCGCCGUGUCGCGUCGGCGAUGACGACGAACCCUCCCAUGGACGGAGCUCAAUUCGAGUUCCACAAAAUGCAGCUCAUUGGCAGCCUCAAUGCCGUUGCAGCUUCUAUGCGCUCCUGCGCUGAAUACGCCGACCAGUUCGCACACAUGCUCGGCACUGGUCCUAAUCCUAUGUCCCCUCCUCAUAUGGCCGCGCCCCCCAUCGGUUUCGACCCAAAAUUAUAUGCAGCAAAUCCCAACUUCGUUCCAUACAUGCAACAACAGCCACCACAACAACAGGUCGCAUCCCCCGCUGUCGCUCGAAACGGGAAACGCAAGGCCGGAGAGGUCGAUGGUGCUGUUGAGGAUGGGAGUAAAAAGAAGAGAGGGCCGAUCAAGAAACCAAAGGAUCCCAACGCGCCGAAACGACCUGCUUCAAGCUACAUCUACUUCCAGAACGAGAUCAGAAAUCAGCUGAAGCAGGAGUUCCCAACGAUUUCGCAGCCCGAGUUGCUCGCGCGGAUCUCGAAGAGGUGGGGAGAGCUAACGCCUGUGCAGAAGGAGGUCUAUGAGAAGAGGCAGGCUACUGCCAAGGCUCAGUACGAGACUGAUAAAGCCGCCUACGACGCGAACCACGAUGUGUCACACGACAACUCACCGUCAAGCCCCAUCGUCCCAGCCACGCCCGCACCAGUGCCUGCCUCUCCAGAGCCUGAACAGACGAGACCGACGAAGAGUAAAAAGGCGCAUCCUGCUACGCCCUCGAGUGACUCAGAGGGAGAGGGAACCUCGAGCGGCACUAGCAGCAGCGGUUCCUCCACCGACUCGGAAGAUUCUGAAUCAGAGGAGACGCCGCCACCCAAGCCGAAGAAAAGUAAAAAGGGCAAGCAAGAGGCACCUGCGACGCCCGCACCUCCACCCCCAGUCGUGGUCUCGCCCAAGUCGGAGAAGAAGGAGAAGAAGAAGAAGUCGAAAAAGCCUAAAGCCUAAUCCAGUAAUCUCUCUUACCCUACGCACAGCAUAUUGCGUUUCUUGUUUCCCUACGUUAGCGUCUGCUGCGCUGACCGGCUGAUAAAGCUUGGUCGGUUACUUUACAAUACUGCGUCUGGCAUGCUCUAUACCUAUGUGCGAUUGUUUCAUCCACUCUUCAUCUUU